CAAUUAUUUGCCCCCUUUUAUUAAAUACUUUUUGCAACCUCCUUUUGCCAUGAUAACAGCAAGAUAACUUCUGCUAUAAUGAGACAUUCCUCCAUACAUAAUCUCUCCAGAUCCUUCAGAUUUCCAGAUCCAUUUUGGUGCUGCUUCUCUUCAGUUCACCCCACUCUUUUUCUAUAGGGUUCAGGUCAGGGGACUGGGAUGGCCAUUGCAGAAGCUUCAUACUUGUUUGGGUAUUCUGCAGCCCUUCAUCAAACUUCUCAACACACAGCCUCAGAUUGUUUUGAUUCAAUGCACGAAUCAUAAAAAAAACAAUAAAUUAAAAAAAAAAAAAAAAAAAAAAAAAAAACAUUGCAAUGCAGAAUCAAGCCGACCUGUAAGUAAACACAGAAACAAGGAACUAAUAUCAUAAUCCACGUUUCUGGGGGAACCCAUUAAGAAGACGGACACUAAAUACUUAUCGGUAUACCAAUAUCAAUGUUUUCUUCAAAAUUAUGCUGUAUUAAGGGAUUUUCAAGCAGUCCUCUUCUCGCUCUUAAGUCUUUUACCUGUGUUCCGAUCGACUCGUCUCAAGGUCAAUGCACAGUCACUUACACGGUGAGCGGACUAAACACGAGGCUUGCAGCACAGUGUAAAUCUAAACCUCAGAGGCAAGUUUGUAAGACUGUACUGAAGCAUUUUGAUGCACAGUACAGUGAAGAGCUUGGAGAGCAGUGGUGGAGUGCAAGGGAUGUGCUUCUGAAUCCACUCUCAUGGCAAUAUGGUGUCCUGCUUAAUCGCUUCAGUGACCUUGCAAACCUCAGGCAGUGUCUCACAGCGCUUGGAUACACAAACCUCCUUCCACAGACAUGUCCUGAAUCCCAGUCCCAUACGACACACAUGCCCCUGCAGUGUUUUAUUCAUCGGGAUCCAGUGCGUAUUCCCACCCAAGGCCACCACUCAGGCUGGUUAAAACAGUAUUACCUCCUGAAUGCAGCCUCUCUUCUCCCAGUACUGACUUUGAAUGUGAAGGAAGGAGAAAAUGUGCUUGAUCUCUGUGCUGCUCCUGGGGGGAAAAGUCUGGCCAUAUUACAGGCAGCCACUCCUGGUCUCUUGCACAGUAAUGAGCUGGAUAAGCACAGAUAUGAUUGGCUACUGAAGACUCUUGAAUCAUAUUUUCCUCCUACACUACGACGUCUACUUUCAGUGACUCACCUGGAUGGCCGGAGCAUUGGCAGCAUGAGGCCAGGGGCUUAUGACAAGGUGCUUGUAGAUGCCCCGUGCUCUAAUGACCGGAGUUGGCUUUAUACCCCUGAUACCCACCAAGGGGAAAUGUGGCUGAAGGAGAGAACUCAACUACCACUCUUACAGAAAGAGCUGCUCUGUUCGGCACUAGCAGCAGUGCGUCCUGGAGGAGUGGUUGUCUACUCCACUUGCACCAUGUCACAGGCCGAGAACCAAUCAGUUGUGGAGGCAGUCCUUGCGUCUUAUCAAGGAGUGGAGCUUCUGGACCUGGAUCAACAGUUAAUUGACUCUCUGUCUGAUCAUUUCUACUUUGCCCACCUCCGUCCUUCAGUGGGACAGUUAGUGAUCCCUCAGAAGGGUAAAACUUGGGGACCUAUGUAUGUUUCUCAAUUGCGAAGAAUAUAUUAAAAACUUACAUCAUGCCAUGGUACAGUGGUAGUGCUUUUAACACAUCAGAGCUCACAGGGUGCUCACAGGUUUGAAUCAUGACUGUCUAUCCUAACCUUCUUCACUAAACUAUCUGAUAAAGAAGCAAUAAAUAAAUAAAUAGUACUGUUGGAGAAUA